CCUAAUUCCAAAAAUGUUGUUUGCUUCCCAAAGAAAAUUAAGAAUGGAUUGCGAAGUAAUCGGUUGCGUUAACCCAAGAGAAUAUUUCUGUGAAAUUCACCAAAUGAUCAUCUGCUCCAGCUGUUGUGAGAACUUUGUAAAUUAAUAGUUGUUUUGAUGGAGAUGACUGAUAUAGCACUUUGAGUGCGAGGAGCCACUUGAGGAAAGGGAGGAUGAAAAGAAGGUAGUGCCUAUAGUACAUACGAAUAAGCUGGAAGGAUGGAUGAGAAAUAUAGAGUCAGCUUUUAAUGUUUUCUCUUAUCAUAAGAAGCAAAAUAAUAUGCAAUUAGUUCCAAAUUUUGCUGAAAGAUUAAAAGAAUUUGAGGAAGAAUGGGAUCAGAUGAAACUUGAAACAAUGCAGGCAGUCAGAGAGGAUGAAUUUUUUUAAUUUGAUGAGAUCAAAAGCAAGCUAAAAUGAUUCUUUCUAAAAAUGAAAAGAUCAGAUCUUUACAAAGAAUUUGCCUGAGACCUUCUUCACAAGCUUAUUAACAAAGGAGUCACUGAGCUUGCAGAUAAGCCCUUCAAAAACAAAUUAGAAGAACUUGAACAAGAAUAUUGUAAACUAAAAGAAAAACUCUUUAUCCAGUACAAGUUGAAGCUCGAGAGUCUCAAAGAAGAUCAGAACCAAAAUACUAGCAACAAUCACACUACUUCAACCCUCUUCCCCAAUGUCACUUCAAGCUCAUUACCCUCCCUUCCUCAGUUUAAAAAUCUAUCCCAAUCUCCUACUCCAGCAUCAGAGAAACCUGAAGAAAAUAAGAAACAAAUGGAUAAAACAAGACCUGCCAAAGUGGUUGAAAAGAAGGAGGUUGCUAGAAAUGAGAAAGAUAAGUUCAGUGAAAAUAGACCAAUGAGAAAUUUUGAUGAUUGAGUAAAAGAAUCAUUUGAGGAAAAUAAACAUGAUGAAAUUUUCGAAGAAGAUAAUAUUUAUAUUCAGGAGGAUACUUCACUAUCAGAUAAUGAGAAUCAAUUAGAAAGAGAUGAUAAAGCUGUAUAUCUUGAAUCAAAAUAUUACAACUCAAAAGUUAAUGAUGAGGAGAACUCUUGGCCCAAGUACUGAAGAAAAUCAUAAGCAACAAUCAUAAUGAAAUCCCCAAGGAAAAGACAACAUAGAUGGAUUUAUGUACUAAGAGU